CUGGAAAUUGAAAACUGAAAAGACCUCCACCAGAUCGUCGUUUUGACAAGCUCGGCAUAAAUUAAACAAGCGAAUGGGUUCUCUCACAAAUUUGUCUUUGCUAAAAAGGAGAACCUUUUCAAUAUGGAAAUCUAUGAAUUCUACUACCAACGCCACGGAGAAACCGCUCUUAGCUUCUUCCCUUUCCAAUAUAACUCAUCAUCUCCAUCCGGGCCCUGGCUCUUUUAUCAGCUAUGGCAGAAAUCUUUCUUCAAGGGGCAAGUCCCUCGUCAAUGACGCAUCUCAAGGCCCAGCAGCCAUUGAUUACAGCUCUCUUUUGCAGGAAGACGAGUAUCAAAAGUUGGCAAAUUCAACAAUCCAUGAUCUUUUAGGUGUGUUCGGUUGCUUGGCAUUGACAUUAAAAUAUUUUGAGAUUGCACUAGCAUUCAAGAUAUUCUAAUUCAAUAUCAAUUCCUUUUUUUUUGGUAAAAUCAUGAAAUUGACUACAAUUGGAAUUCCAAAUCCUCUAUUCAAUUGGUUAAGUAAUUAG